AUGGGUUGUACAGCAAGCACGUCGGCGUACGACGACUAUGAGGAUGAAUUUCUGCAGAGUAGGAGGAACAACGAUGCUAUUGAGAAGCAGUUGCUGAUGGACAAGCAGAAAGAGAAGAACCAAGUGAGAUUAUUGCUACUGGGUGCUGGUGAAUCUGGUAAGAGUACCGUUUUGAAACAGUUGAAUUUAUUGCAUCAUGGUGGCUUUUCUCAUCAGGAGAGAUUGCAAUACGCUCAAGUAAUUUGGGCAGACGCACUUCAAUCAAUGAAAAUAUUAAUCAUACAGGCAAGAAGACUGGGCAUAUCUCUGGAUUGCGAUGAUCCAGAGAAAAAUAGAGAGUUAUUCGAAUGUAAGAGAGUCAUAUUGAACACAAAUACUCUGGAAACUAUCGAUGCAUCUGUGGCAGGGGGGUCAAGAUUCUUGAAUGACUACGUCUUGAAGUAUUCUGAAAGGCAAGAGAAGAAGAGAAGAAUCGAGAGUACUGGUGAAGCCCAAGCAUUGGAUAUCGACGUAGAGACUGAGUUGUUAGAGAAACAUAGCUCGGAUUUCGAUUACGAGGAAAUAUCAAAGGAUUUAAGCGAUUCUGGAGACGACCAGAUGUUCAUCGCCAUCAAGUGCGAUGCAUCUACAAAAUCUAAGUCGCCUACUUCAUGCUCUAAAAAUGAUGUGAUUGCAAUGGCCAUUGAGAAACUAUGGAAAGAAGACAGCGGCAUACAGCAAUGUUUUGGGAGGGCUAAUGAAUUCCAAUUGGAAGGCUCAUCGUCAUACUACUUUGACAACAUCAAGAAAUUUGCACAAGAAAAAUACGUUUGUACAAAUGAAGAUAUACUGAAAGGGAGGAUUAAGACAACUGGUAUCACGGAAACUGAUUUCAACAUCGGUUCUUCUAAAUUUAAAGUUUUCGAUGCAGGUGGUCAAAGAUCUGAAAGAAAGAAAUGGAUUCACUGUUUCCAAGGAAUAAGUGCGGUAUGUUUUAUAGUGGCUUUAAGUGAAUACGAUCAAAUGCUAUUUGAAGAUGAAAAAGUAAAUAGAAUGCAUGAAUCGAUAAUGCUGUUCAACACUUUAGUGAACUCUCAAUGGUUCCGCGAUACUCCAUUUAUUCUGUUUUUAAACAAGACAGAUUUAUUCGAAGAGAAGGUUAAAAGAGUCCCAAUCAGAAAAUAUUUCCCUAGCUAUCAAGGUAAACUAGGAGACAGCAAAGAAGGUAUCAAGUAUUUUGAAAAUAUAUUUUUAGGUCUAAACAAAACUAAUAAGCCAAUUUAUGUAAAAAGGACAUGUGCUACUGACACUGAGACAAUGAAAUUUGUUUUAAGUGCCGUCACUGACUUAAUUAUUCAACAAAACUUUAAAAAGAGUGGUAUAAUAUAA